AAUUUUAAAUAAAAAUGUCACUGGCUGAUAUAGACAGCGCAUAUCUUGAGUUAAAGAGGCAUUUCCCCCUCAUUAACCAGGAUAAAAGCGCCCUGGAAAAGUGUGUGUCACUGACAGAGACGCUAAAGGACUCAUUCGCCAAGCUUCAGAUACAAAAUGGGAAUCUUGGCCCAGAUUUCCUCAUUAAAAUGAGGGAUUUCCUAGAAAUGGGCGCCAUUGUGGCCGUGGAAAGCAGAAACGUCGAAGGCUUCAAGUGCUUUUACCUUCAACUCCAAAAUUUUUACUUUGACGAGGACCUUCCAAGAAGUGAGCGCAUGGGCGAAAUCUUUGGAACAUGGAUGUUACAUUUGCUUAGCGAAAACAGGAUCGGCGACCUCUACAUGUUCCUUGAGCGUAUUCCAGAAGACAUAAAGAAUGACGAAAAAAUAGCCUUUGUAAUUAAUCUCGAAAGGAGCAUGAUGGAGGGAGAUUUGGCUAGGCUUAUCGAUAUACACAAAACCAUGCCAUGCGAGUAUUACAAAAUUAUCGCAGAGACUGCAAGGAACAGAAUUGCAACCUCGAUGGAACUUGCUUACAAGUCACUCAAAGUACAUACUGCCACAAAGCUUCUCAAGCUGGAGACUGAACGGGAAUUUCUCGACUUUGUCUCCUACUACAACCAAUGCAAGAUACAGACAGACCCGGAGUCAUUCCCCUGGAAAAUUGUGGAUGGCGUAGUAAUUUUUCAGAAUGAUGCACCAGUCAAACACACUGUACCCUCCAGGGAACUCUUGCAUCACUCAAUCGAGUAUAUCAACGAGCUAGAAAAGAUUGUCUAACUUAUUC